ACGAGCAGUUAGAAGAUAUUAAUAGGCAGCAAGCGAUAAAGGAUCGACCAGGGAAAAGUGGUGGUGGUGAUGGUGGUGGAAGUAUGCAGAAGAAGAGAAAAUUGUAUCUAGAGCCACCUGUCCUGCAACAUGUGGAAGAGGAUGAGGAGGAUGAGGAGGAGAAGGAGGAAGAGCAUGAGGAGCAGCCCAGGCAGAUGCAUACGGUUGGUGCAACACCAUCAUCAGCAGCAUCAACCUCAACUGGUAGACGUGGUGGUGGUGGUGGUGUUGGUGGUGGUGAUAAUGAUGAUGAUGACAUAUUGUUAUUGUCACAAAAUAUAUUUUGA